AUGGCGGCUGUGCUUCAGGAGGACAAAGUGGUGAGCAAUGAAACCACCAGGAAGCUGCACUGGCACAUAAUGCUGCGCUUCUGCCUCUUGACAGUCCUCAAUCACAUGGACCGCGCCAAUCUGAUUCCAUCACAGCUUAUAGCAGAGAGGGUGGGGACAAACAGGUGGAUCGGUUUCCUCACCCUGGGCUGGGGGAUUGUGGCGACAUGCAUGGCAGGGCUGACAAACAGCCCCACACACUUGUACAUUCUGCGUUUCCUGCUCGGGGCGUUUGAGGCGGGCACAUUUCCGGCCAUGUGGGCGCAUCUGACAAGGUUCUAUGCGGGUGGCCCAGACCUGGCUGCUGCCUGGGGCUUCAUUGGGGCUGCACAGCCCCUAGCUCAGGUGAUUGGUGCCCCGGUGGCGUCUGGGCUGCUGCUGACUGACGGCUUCUUGAAUCUGCACGGCUGGCAGUGGCUGUUUCUUCUGGAAGGAUUGCCCACCAUCUGUUUGGGUGUCUGGAUCUGGCUGACUUUGGCGCCCGGUCCACUUGGGGCAAAGUUUUUGACCGCUGCCGAGCAGGACUCUGUGCACCAGCAAGUCAAGCACAACAAGGAGAGGAUGGGGAAGGAGGGCGGAGGGCAGAGCACAAUGGACGGCAUACGCUGCUGGAAGGUGUGGGCUCAGGGGUUUGGCAGCGGCUGGGCCGGUAUCAUGCGUUACGGGGCCAUGUACUGGACGCCCCUCAUUGUGUUCUCUAUCAUCAAAGGGAAGAGCGCUGCCUCCGGGGCCACCCCUGAACAAGUCAAGGUCUCAGGGGCAGUGGCGGCUCUGCUAGCGGGUGUUCCCUACAGCUGGUCAGCUUUAGUCACGUACUUGAAUGCCCGACAUGCCAAGCGCACAGGGGAGAUGUACUAUCACUUGCUGGUGCCCCUGGCAAUCGGCGCGCUCGCACUGGCAGUUCUGGCAGUGGCUUUGGGCCACAAUUCAUACGUUGCUUUCUUCGGUCUGAUUCUCAGCAGCACCAGCCAAGCCUCCAACCCUCUCGAGUGGGGCUACCCUGCAACCUAUCUUUCUGGGCCUGCCCUAUCUUCCGGAUGGGCUGUUGCAAAUUGUAUUUCUGCCUAUGGCGGCAUUGUGGGGCCUUAUCUGAUAGGGGCUGUCAAGACAAGAUACGGAGGAUACACAAUUCCCAUGGUCAUCAUGACAGCGGUGAACUCUCUUGCGGUUCUGUAUUUUGCAGUCCUGCUUCGCUUCCUGCCUGCAAAGAUUGCCAAGAAGCCUGAUGAGGGCGCAGAGGAAGAUGGUCUGAGCGUUCCUGGGCAUUUUGCAUCAGUUGAGGGGACGCAAGAGCAUCAGGAUGCUGCAGAAUGGCAAGAAUCAGGAACAGUGGCAGAAUUGAAAAGGGAACAUAAUUGA